GCCAUCCGCCCCACCCGACCCCCCCGCCAGCUCCUCCACCGCCCCACCGCUGUCGGUCUCGAAUCCCUCCUCCAAGACGCCGCGAAAGGUGUGCUCUCCCGCUCCGAGAAAUGGGGCCUCAACCAAGCCGUACGCGACGCGAUGGGGAACCUCCGUGGCGUGUCACCGGGGACGUCGCCCGCGGCGUCGCCAGGGCCGGGACGUCGGCGGGGAACGGGGUCGGUGGGGAGGUAUGCGACGUUGGAUGAUGCGGCGGACGUGGGGGAGGGGAGGUUGGUGGACGCACCACGAAACGAAGCGCAGAUGCAAGCGAUGCUGAAGAGGAUGCAGGAGCUGGAAGAACGGAAUAAGGCGUUAGCGAGUUUGUUGGAGACGGAGGUGGCGAGGUUGUGGGAUUUGCAGGCGAAGAUUGCGGAGACGGCAGAAGGGUCGGAGAUGGCGUUUGCGCUGGCGAGCUCGGUUGGGCGGGUUCAGGUGUUGCAGGUGUGUUUGGCAGACGGGACGAUACCGUUGCCUGAUUCAGCGCACGAGAACCCCGUGAAAGAAACGAAAGAGCAAUUACAGCAGGCGGAACCUUCAGGACAAGCAGUCGCUGCGGAUGACAAGUUGACUACGGGUAUACAGGUGUUAUCUGAGAGACCCAAAAUCGCGGACCCUCCAAAAUCACAUCCGGCUCAGUUCCCGCCCCUGACGAACCCCUCCAUCCCCCAUCCCGCUACGCCUACAGUAUCUACGCAGCCCACACCAAAUCCCGCCAUCUCCUCCACUGCCCGCGAUACCCUCUUCGCACCCGCCUCCCUCCCCGCCCGCCCCGAAUCCUUCAUCGCCGCGAGCCCGUUCCUCUCUCCUCACCUCAGCACGUCCUCCCGUCGACGUAACCAGGCGUCGGCGUUCCUAUUCGGCGAGGAUGCGGAUGGGAAUGUAGGGGAUGAGAAUAAGGCUACUAAGGAGAAAAAAGGAGGGACGGGUGGGAAAGGUGGGGGGACGGGUGGGGGGACGGGUGGGGUGAAAGACGCGGAGGAGAAGGAGGAGGUGAUUGGUAUGGGGUAUUUGGGGAGUGCGGAGAGGGGAGAUCAGGAGGGUGGAUGAGGGUGCAGAAGGGUGCUGAUGGGAUUCUAAGAGCUUGGGAGGAUGGGAUCGAGACGGGAUGGGUGGUCUUCGGGUACCCCCUCGUUCAGCUCAUCGCCCUACAACCCGGCCAACAUUUUGGUUUCGACCGGUGUUGUGAACCACGAAAUGGACAUCCAGGACCAACUAGCUACUUGGAAGUAUUAAUUUCCGCGAAUUUCCCAAACUUUACCCGGUGGUUAGGGGUUCGUCCCCUAUAGUCGAGAUGGUUUUUGGUACGGAACGGUCCAUUAACCAUCGCCAGCCCGGAAUGGUUGGGAGGUUAGAACCAGUCAACGACGACGGAUAUUCCUUCAUUUUCUUGUCGAGGGGUAUCCGGGAAAGUAUAAAUGGCGGUGUUGGGAUGGCACC